UGCUUAGUCACAGCCCCCUCGCUUGGGUGUGUCCUGCCCUCGCUCCCUCCCUCCCUCUUAGGUCACUCUUUCAGCCCUUGAAUAAAAACUGCACCCAACUUCCCAGGCGCCCUCAUUGCCCAGCCGGACCCCAGCCCCCGAUAGGCUCCGGCCGCCCAGCUCGCCCCGUGCUCCGCCGGCCCCCGCCCAGCGCACCGGACCCCACCCCCGGCGCCCCGCGCUCGCCCCCUCGGUUCGCUCUCACCAUGGACAAGUUUUGGUGGCGCCUAGCCUGGGGACUGUGCCUCUCGCAGUUGAGCCUGGCGCAGAUCGAUUUGAAUAUAACCUGCCGAUACGCGGGUGUGUUCCACGUGGAGAAAAACGGUCGCUACAGCAUCUCGAAGACGGAGGCUGCUGACCUCUGCAAGGCUUUCAACAGCACCCUGCCCACCAUGACCGAGAUGGAGGCAGCCCUGAGCAUCGGGUUUGAGACCUGCAGGUACGGGUUCAUAGAAGGCCACGUGGUGAUCCCCCGUAUUCACCCCAACUCCAUCUGUGCCGCAAACAACACCGGGGUGUACAUCCUCACAUCCAACACCUCCCAGUAUGACACGUACUGCUUUAAUGCUUCAGCUCCGCCUGGAGAAGAUUGUACAUCGGUCACACACCUGCCCAAUGCCUUUGAAGGACCAAUUACCAUAACCAUUGUUAACCGUGAUGGCACCCGCUAUACCCAGACGGGUGAAUACAGAACUAACCCUGAAGACAUCUACCCCAGCAACCCCACUGACGACGACGUGAGCAGUGGAUCGUCCAGUGAAAGAAGCACUUCGGGAGGCUACAGCAUUUUCCACACCCACCUUCCAACUGCCUACCCGACCCAGGACCAAGACAGUCCCGGGGCGUCCGACAACCCAGAGAAUCCCCCCAUCACCAUUACUUCAACUGUGCACUCAAACAGCCACGCAGCAGUUCAGGAGCAAACUAAUUGGAUGUGGUCCUGGUUGGGUAACUCACAGCCUAAGACUCAGGAUCACACAACAGCUGCAACAACAGGUACGGAUUCAAAUAUCAUCUCAGCAGGCUGGGAACCAACUGAAGAAAACGAAGAUGAAAGAGACAAACACCCCAGUUAUUCUGGAUCAGGCAUUGAUGAUGAUGAAGAUUUUAUCUCCAGUACCAUUUCAACCACACCACGGCUUUUUAACCACCCAAAACAGAACCAGGAUCGGACCCAAUGGAGCCCAGGCGAAUCGAAUCCAGGAGUGUUACUUCAGACAACUGCGAGGAUGACUGAUGUGGACAGAAGCAGCACCAUUGCUAAUGGAGAAAGCUGGACCCGUGAACCACACUCUCCUAUCAUUCACCAUGAGCGUCAUGAUGAAGAGGAGACCCAGCAUUCUACGAGCCCAACCCCGGCCCAUGACAGCCAUCCAGACCAAAGAAUGACAACGCAGAGUCAAGAGGACAGCUCCUGGACUUACUUCUUCGACCCAAUCUCACAUCCAAUGGGACGAGGUCAUCAAACAGAAAGAUGGAUGGAUAUGGACUCCAGCCAUAGUACAACACUUCAACCUUCUGCAGAUCCAAAUACACAUUCGGUGGAAGAGUUGGACAGGACAGGACCUCUUUCCGUGACGACUCAGCAGAGUAAUACUCAGAGCUUCUCUACAUCACAUGGAGACUGGGAAGAAGAUAAAGACCAUCCAGUGACUUCUACUCCAACAUCUAGCAGUAAGGAUGAUAGGACUGAUGGCAGAGGUGGAAGAAGAAGUGGACAUCUUCCUGAAGACUCAGCUACUUCAGUGGAAAGUUAUACUUCUCGGUCCCCAGCCACAAAGGAACCCAGGACCCUCAUCCCAGUGACCCCUGCUAAGACGGGGGUCCCUGAAGUUACUGAAGUUAAUAUUGCUGGAGAUUCCGACUCUAAUGUUGAUCGUUUCUUUUCAGUGGUGGCGGUGGUGAUGGCGGAGAUGAUGAUGGCGGUGGCAUUGGGGCUGCUCGUAUUGGCGUUUCAGCGAAUGCUAUUUUCAGAAGACCAAGACUCGCCAGUUCACCCCAGUGGGAGGUCCCAUACGACUCAUGGAUCAGAAUCAGCUGGACACACAAGUGGAAGUCAAGAAGGUGGGCCGAACACGACCUCCGGUCCUAAGCGGAAACCUCAAAUUCCAGAAUGGCUCAUCAUCUUGGCCUCCCUCCUGGCCUUGGCUUUGAUUCUUGCCGUCUGCAUUGCCGUCAAUAGUCGAAGAAGGUGUGGGCAGAAGAAAAAGCUGGUAAUCAACAACGGUAAUGGAGCGGUGGAGGAGAGAAAGGCAAGUGGACUCAACGGAGAGGCCAGCAAGUCUCAGGAGAUGGUGCACUUGGUGAACAAGGAGUCCUCAGUGACCUGCGAUCAGUAUAUGACAGCCGAUGAGACGCGGAACCUGCAGAAUGUGGACAUGAAGAUUGGGGUGUAGCGCCUACACCGUGGUCACCUGGGAAAGAAAUGGCCGUUGGAGACACAACCAAUUCGAGGAGCUGGGACACUUCACAGAUGCAAUGUGCUACUGAUUGUUUCAUUGGGGGAUAUUUUUUUUAGUAUAAAAUUUUCUACUCCUUUUUGUUUUUGUGUUUUUUUUUUAAGUCAGGUCCAAUUUAUAAAAACAGCAUUGCUUUCUGAAAUGAGGGCCAAAUUAAUAAGCCACAAAAAUUUAACUGUUCCAGUUCCCACCUAGAAGCCUCCAUCCCCUAGGAUAUGCUAUGCAUGGCUUCUAACAAAAGCCGCCAAUACAUCUUUCUGAUCCCCAGCCUUCCCUCCACUCCCCCACCUAGGCAACAGCCACCUGCCAGGGACAUCCCACAGGACUAAGAGGGAUUUGUCCCUGGGAGGAAAUUUGGAUGGGCCCUUAUCCCCUCUCCUGCAGCCCGUUCCCUGAGAAUUUCUUUCCAGCAGGGUAGGGGGUCAGAAUGUACUGGUUACACAUCCCCUUCUACAGACCUGGAAAUUUUUCAGAUGCUUCUGGGGAAAUACCCAAAAGGUGAAGCUAUUUAUCUGUAGGAAGCUAUUUAUCUGUGUUUUUGAAAUAUUAAACCCUGGAGGUCCUUUGAUCAGUAUGAUUCUUUUUUUUUUUUUUUGGUUACUUUGUCAGAGGCAUAAAGGGUUUAAGCUGUUCAUAAUAAACAUCUGUACUUCCUCCACCAUAA